AUGUCCUUCAAGAUGGUCUGGUCCAAGUCGACCCGCAUCAAGGUCAUGAUUGCCAUUGAUCUUGCCUUCUUCUUGCUUGAGCUGAUUGUAGGCCUCCUGGCGCAUUCUCUGGCUCUGACGGCCGAUGCCUUCCACAUGCUCAACGAUAUCAUCUCCCUGGUUAUUGGCCUGUGGGCUGUUGUCGCCGCUCAAAAGGCCAGCACCGAUGAGUUCACCUUUGGCUGGGUUCGCGCCGAGAUCCUGGGUGCCUUUUUCAACGCCGUCUUCCUCAUUGCUCUCUGCGUCUCCAUCAUCCUCGAAGCCGUCACGCGAUUCGUCGAACCACCCGUCAUCAAUAACCCGCAGCUGAUCCUCAUCGUCGGCUGCGCCGGCCUCUUCUCCAACCUCGUGGGUUUUGUCGUCCUCGGCGGCCACGGCCACUCCCACGGUCCCGGAGGAGGUCACGAUCACGACCACGAUCACGGCCACCCCCACAGCCACGGCGAGCACGACCACGACCACGGACACUCCCACGACGACGAGGAAGAGAGGAUCGGAUCUAGCAGGGGCUUCGCCGCUGACAUCGCCGACGAGAAUGGCGACGUGGCCGAUGUCUUCCCCGAGAGCAUCGUGUACAAGACGACCGACGCAGCCGCCGACUCACAGCCGCGCAACCGUGGCCGCCGCCAGUCCAGCAGGAGCGGCGGACACUCGCGCUUCACCAGCAUCGGCGACAUGAGCAUCCACCCUGCCAGCUUCCGCAAGGACAUCAUCGCCGUGAGCCGUGCUGCCGCGUCGCCCGACCCCGAGGACAGCGAGACGGAGGAGGACAACGAUGAGCACCACGUCCACAGCAACGACAAGAGGGCCUCUCCGCAUCACCAGCACUCCGAGGGAGCGGCCGACGAGUCGUCCCCCCUUCUCAAGAAGGACCAUGGCCACGAGCACGGCCACGGCCACGGCCACGGAGCCUGCGAACCCGUCACCAGCGUCAACCGCAAGCGUCGCGACUCGAGCGUCCACGUGGGCCAUAACCAUACGCUGCCCAAGGACGGCUCCAAGGGCGGCGGCCACAGCCACGACGACAUGGGCAUGAACGCCAUGGUUCUGCACGUCAUCGGUGAUGCCCUGGGCAACAUCGGCGUCAUCGUUACCGCCCUGAUCAUCUGGCUCACCGACCUGCCGGGCAAGUACUACGCCGAUCCGGCCGUGUCGCUCGUCAUCACGGCCAUCAUCCUCAAGACGGCCGUGCCCCUCACGCGCGCCACGUCCAAGAUCCUCCUCCAGGCCACCCCGGACCACAUCAGCGUCCCCGAGAUCCGCGAGGACAUCGAGGCCCUCCCCGGCGUCGUCACCUGCCACCAUAUGCACAUCUGGCAGCUCUCCGACACCAAGGUCGUCGCCAGCAUGCACCUCGAGGUCAGCUUCCCCCUCGACUCGGACAGCGGCGCAAAGUACAUGCAGCUCGCCAAGAGGGCCCGCAAGUGCCUUCACGGCUUCGGUAUCCACAGCGCCACCAUCCAGCCCGAGUUCUUCCUCGACCGCAGCGGCAACUCCUCCGCUGCCCCCGCUGGCUCCGGCGGCGCCGACGGGUCCACCGUCGUCGACACUCCUGCCGCCACCACGCCUCCCCUCGACCCCCCCCAGGAGCUUUCCGGCCGCGAGGUCUGCCUCCUCGAGUGCAUCGACAACUGUGAUGCCCCCGGGUGCUGUCCUAGCAUCGACGGCGCGUCGACGGCCUCGAGUACACGUCGUGCUAGUGGGUCGUCGCAACAUUGA